AUGUUAAUUGGGUCUAUUUGAAUUUAAAUGUCAUAUAAGAAAUUAACAAAUUUGGUGCCCUAUUUUGGGAGAGAGAGAAGAAGAAAUCGUUUGAGAAGAACGACGGUCUGCCGGAGCUCUUUCACGCCAUAGAUUGAACGAGCUAGUGAAAAUCUACAAUGAAUAAAGGAGGGGUUGGAGGUGGUAGUGGAAGCGGUGGCGGUGGCGGCCCAACCUCCGCUGCAGCAGCAGCUGCAGCUCAAAAACAGAAGACAUUGUUGCAGAGAGUUGAUAAUGACAUUGGAAAUAUUGUUGAUAAUUUCAGUUACCUUGUUAAUGUGGCCAGGGUUAAUGAUCCACCAGUAAGAAAUUCACAAGAAACUUUCAUGAUGGAGAUGCGUGCAGCUAGAAUGGUUCAGGCAGCUGACUCAUUACUUAAGUUGGUGUCGGAGUUGAAACAGACAGCAAUCUUUUCUGGUUUUGCAUCCCUCAACGACCACGUAGACCAACGAAUAGAUGAGUUUAACCAACAGGCGGAGAAAACAGAUCACAUGUUGGCUAGAAUUGGAGAGGAGGCGGCUGCUAGCCUAAAGGAGCUUGAGUCACAUUACUAUUCUUCUGCACAGAGAAGAAGCCAACUCACACAGCUAUGAAUAAGGGCAGUGUAUUGCUUGCUCACUUAUUCUUGAAGUCAAAUUCUAUUGUGGAAGGAUUCAAAGUUUCUAAUCACCGCUCUCAUCGAGCAACAAGAGUCCUGUGUUUCUUUUUGUGUUGCUGUUUGGAACUAUCUUUCCCUGUGGAUUCUACGAAACCAUUCGUAAUGAUUUCCAGAAUCAUUGCUAUCCCCAAAGUACAAUAUUCCGUUACCACUCUUCAUCAAGCAACAAGAAUCCUUUGUUUCUUUUUGUGCUGCUGUUUGGUACUAUCUUUCCCUGUGGAUUCUACAGAACCAUUCGUAAUGAUUUCCAGAAUCAUUUUUUAUCCCGAAGUACAAUAUUCUGUUCUUUUUUGGUCGCUAAGCAUGGAGUCAGCUAUCAGUCAUCUUAGAAACAUGGGUUGUAACUGCUCUGUGCACUUUGUGAAAUUGUAUAUCUGAAAUCUAAUGCAGCAUUAAAUUGUUCUGUUCUUGUACUUCUAAA